AUGACUAUGCUAACUCUAUGUUUGAUUCACACAAUUGUAUGCUUGGACUCAAGCGAUAAGAAUACUGUUAUAAACCGGUCAGAGGAGUGUCAGAGAAUCGGACUCUGGAAAUGCGGCCAUCGAUUUAUUAGAGCCCAUAAAUUCAUUGAUAUUAUCGUAAAUGAGGAAUCUUUUGAAUCCAAAUGCAUCCUCAGAUCUGCAUUUUUCAAAUGUAUUGAGAAGUGGGCGAAGAGAGAUGACUGUCAAAAGUAUGCAAACCAUAUGACAGAACACUCGAUGAAGUUUCGUAAACGUCUGACCGACACAUUGUGGUCGACCAGAGGGUGUCUGACAGGAGUUCCCAAAUGAUUGUUUCGCUGUUUUAGAAUUAUGUCUUGUAAUGAUUGCUUGGAAGCAAUGGCCAAACCUGACAAUCCAUCACAUUUAGUGCCAAAUUUUGUAUGAAUCAAAUCAUGAUGAAAGUUGUCAUGAAUACAAAGUAAUGAAAUCUCAUUUCAUCACAAAGUAUAACAUACCGAAUGUUACAUACAUUAAGUCACAUUAAAUGCAUUUCUAGAUAACAAAUAGG